AUGACGUGGGCUCAGCAAGGAUGCCCUCGACGUUCCAUUCUCCCCAUCCAUGUUUUUCCUCAACUAACCUAACUGACAGUGACUGACUGACUGACUUGCAGUGACUGCUCACGGCACGCCGCAAACACCGUGACACCAACAGACAGAGCGGGAUUUUGAACGCUUCGCCUCGAGUCUCGACCUUCGGGUGGUUUUUCUCGAUAUCCACUCUCCACUGCCACUACUGCGUACACACGUACAGCGAAAGAAGCAAACAGGAACGCAUGGCUACCUUGUCCAGGCCCAGCCAACUGCGAUGUGUUGUCCCAACCUCACAUCAUUCUGAGCUUAGCUUACCCUGCUUUGCCUCGCAUACGCAGCAGAGUGAGGCAUCUCAUUUCUUACCCUACACUACCUUUCCUUUGCAUUCCCUUGCACUCCUUGCACACACCAUCCCGGUAUCCCCUCCUCUGUGACCUCUUUAACCUUUUUGCUCUCCCACUGCCCGCUUCAUGCCUGGUGGCCCGCUCGUCCAGUGGGAAUCCGGUUUUGAGCUCUGCCUCGUCCAGUUCUCAAAGCCUCCAUCAUCGUACAUGCAUAUCCCGACCUCCAUGCGCGUGGAUACCUGCGCUGACUCUGCCUUUUGCCCUCCUCCAUGCUAUAACAUCCCUCCCUCUUGCUAUCCCCUCACACCCACAAACCAACAUGUGCAUGGAACAGCCCAUUUCCUCACGCUCAAUUUUGAUUCCCCGAGACGUCAUUUGCCGCUCACAGAGAGUCAUGAAUUCAGCAGACUGCGAACUUCAACCAACCCAUAUAUGACUUUGUACAAACCCUAGAUAACUCUUCUACCGCAACCAUUGGUAUUGCUAUACCACCAGACCAAAAAAACGGCUUAAUACCGCUUCUCAUCGCAGUCCUCCAUUCAACCUGGUCGCAUCACUUUACCAUACUCCAACCAGAACAACAUGGAUCGCCGUCCUCAUGCACAGUCACUGGCACCGCCAGCCCCAAUAUCAAAUAGCCCGCCGGAACCUCCACAACGCUUACGGCGCAGAUUGCAAAAGAAGCUCCUGUCCAUCCGACGUCCUGCACCUAUCGACCCCGUGGCAUCAAACAAACUCAAUACCGGGGUGGCAGUAGCUGCCCAGCAAGCCGGAACCAUCGGCCAACCUUCCUUGCGUUUGUCACCAGACCUGAGCGAUGCAAAAUGGCACGCAUAUCUCGGAGACAGCAACGCUGUUCAAGAUCCAAAAUCAAAAUCGCAAUCAAAAUCACAGUCAAGAUCAAAGCCCCUACCAGCGAGACCGAGAACACCAGAGAAACCACGAAAAGUCUCAUUCGACACAACACCACCAGCGCCAGCCAUCAUUCCAGAAUUCUCACACCUAGCCGUCAGCAAUCUGACGCCGAGACCCUCUCUCGACAGCUCACUCAGCUCGCCGACCUCGUCCAUCAGCACGAGAUCGAGCAUGAGACGCCAUGCAAAGACGCCCAUCUACGCCAUUGGCCAGCUGGAAAACGCAAGCUAUGGGAGGAGUGCAAAAACCGCUGAAAAAGUCACAAGCGUCGACCUGAUUGCGAACCAGUACCGAGAUCUCCUCGAGACCCAGGAUGCCAGCUCAAUAUACACUGACGCCCACUCUGAACCUUUCCCAUCACGACAAUCGUUGCACAGCCAGAUUUCCUCCUCCACUACCCGGUCACGUCACAGCGCCGGCGAGACACCCGCAGAGCAGCUCCGACGAGACAUAUUUUCGCCGGCACCGGCGCCGUUGCGCCGUGCAUCGGCGGCGUAUUCCAGGUCACCACGGUCCGAUGAUGGUACGCUGGUUGCAUUCGAUGAGGAAGCGAUCUACUUCAAGCCCCUGUCAUUCUCGCCAGAACCACCCUCGACACCCCCGCCCCCGCCGCGGAAUCGCGCCCGACUGAAUCGCAAUUCGUCCUCCCAAGGGGGAUCGAGUCAGAACCUGAGCCUGCAGAUUGCAAUGGACCUCUUGACGCGCGAGCUCUCGACGAGCAUGUUGGACAACUCGCACAAGACGGGGACAGACGUCUCGUCUCUGCAGGUUUGGGUCAUGAUCGAAGCCUACGAGAGGUUGAGGGAUCAGGUUCUAGAAGCGAGGAGGCAGACGGAUGACGCGCAGAACCUAGAGACGGUGUUUGAUACCUGGUUGAAGGCUCUCUAUACCCUUCAUGACCAGAUGACGAGUGAUGCGGCUUCUCGCGGGAGCAACUACGAUGAAGCAUAAUUGGGGCCAGGAUAUAAGGACGCAUCGCGAAUGAUCUACUGUUAGUUAACUUGGGUACGGAGACACCCGCAAGGUUAGGGCAACGGCGUUGGAGUUGGAAUAGGUUCGGACAUGGCAUGUCUGAGUUCAUGAGAGUACCUUGAUUCAGGUAAAGAAGAACAACAGUAUCAAAACUCAACACCAAUUCAAAUCUGAAAAUGAGAAGAACUUAAGAUGUGAG